AGGUUCUAGAGUACCCAAAUUCAGUACAUGAAUAACAUUAAACUUUCUCAUUAUUAUCCAUUGUUAUACAUUGAAGCAUAACAAAGAGAGGAAGGAAGAAAACGUUUAGAACAAUUUAAAAGAAACAAUUUCGGUAUUUUAUAUUAGUGUAUAUCUGCGGUAAAAACUGAAGAAAAAUCGUAAGGAAAAGAAAUAAAUUUUGGGUGAAAUUUAAACGAUAAAAACAGAACUUUUUUGUUGAAAAGUUAAUAUUAAUAAAAGAAUAGAAAUAAAAAGAAAAGAAAAAGUACAAGAACACAAAAUGUCUGAAGAGGAUAAGACAACGUUUGUAAGAUACACAUUCGGUGAUACCGAAUUUGUUGUUCCGAAACGAUACAUUGAGUUAAGUGCAAGAGGAACUGGCGCUCAAGGCAUGGUUGUUGCUGCUUACGAUACUGUAACUCAACAAAAUGUGGCAAUUAAAAAAUUAUCAAGACCAUUCCAAAAUGUCACACAUGCCAAACGAGCCUACAGGGAGUUUAAGCUUAUGAAAUUAGUCAAUCAUAAAAAUAUCAUUGGUUUGUUAAAUGCGUUUACACCUCAGCGUACGCUAGAAGAAUUUCAAGAUGUUUAUCUCGUUAUGGAGCUUAUGGAUGCAAACUUAUGCCAAGUUAUACAAAUGGAUCUUGAUCAUGAACGCAUGUCCUAUUUGCUUUAUCAGAUGCUUUGCGGAAUCAAGCAUUUACACUCUGCAGGGAUAAUACAUAGAGACUUAAAGCCAUCAAACAUUGUGGUAAAGUCAGAUUGUACAUUGAAAAUUCUAGACUUUGGAUUGGCAAGAACAGCUGGAACAACCUUUAUGAUGACACCGUAUGUCGUAACAAGAUAUUAUCGUGCUCCUGAAGUGAUUCUCGGUAUGGGAUACAAAGAGAAUGUCGAUAUAUGGUCAGUGGGCUGUAUUAUGGGCGAAAUGAUACGAGGAGGAGUUCUUUUUCCCGGCACAGAUCAUAUAGAUCAAUGGAAUAAAAUUAUUGAACAACUUGGAACUCCAUCACAGUCAUUUAUGCAGCGACUUCAACCGACAGUAAGAAACUAUGUAGAGAAUCGACCGCGUUAUCAAGGCUACUCGUUUGAUCGACUUUUUCCCGAUGUACUUUUCCCGAGCGAUUCUAGUGAGCAUAAUCGUUUACGGGCAUCACAAGCUCGGGAUUUAUUAAGUAAGAUGUUAGUUGUUGAUCCUGAACAUCGUAUAUCUGUUGAUCAGGCAUUAUUGCAUAGUUACAUUUAUGUUUGGUACGAUGAGAGUGAAGUAAAUGCGCCUGCACCUGGUCCGUAUGAUCAUAGCGUAGAUGAACGUGAGCAUACAGUAGAACAGUGGAAGGAGCUUAUUUACAAUGAAGUUGUCGAUUAUGAAGGACGUAAUCAUGGUGAAGAAGGGCCGCGGUAGAAAUCAGUAGCGUACUCGUACGCUCAACAACCAAAUAUUAGAUUUGUUUAAAAGAAAUUAAUUGAAAGUGUGAAAAUCUGAAAUUUCCUUACGACAAAGAAAAUAUAUGCGAGUUAUCGAGUGAUAAAUACUUUUAUUAAUUUUGCAUAAAAGGAGUGACUAAUGUGACUUGUCCCUGACAUGAAAAAAAAAUAAAAAAAAACCAAAAAAAAAAAUUAAUGUGCAAAUAUGGAAAAAUGACAAUUAAUCAACAACAAAACAAAAAUUAUGAGUGAUAUCCCGAAUAAAAACAUAAAUUCUCAAAAAGUACAUACAACAAUGUGAAAUAAACUGUGAAAUCUGUCGUCGAAAAAAAAAAGAUGGAUUAAUAUUAUUUUUUCGUAGCGCUUUUGUGGCGAAUACAGCACAAGAUAAGAAAAUAAAAAUUUAUAAUAUACACAUUAAAAAGGUAAUGAUGAAAAGAUGACAAAGAGAAAAAAAGCGUUUUUGUCAUUGCGUGAUCCCCGUUCAAAGCACGUAAUGUUAGGGAGAAGACAUAAAAUAAAAAUAAAACUUUUUUUCUUCCAUAUUGUACAUAGCGAAAAACAAAAAAUUUAUUAAAUUAAAUGCAAUUUAAAGAGAGAAUCAAGGUGGAAAAUAUGCUAUAUUGGAGCGAAAAAAAAAAAAAUAUUAAGCAGCUAAAAGCUCUCAAAAAAUGAGCAAAAAAUAAGUAGUGAAAUCACAAUUAUUUAAUUAGCUUAUUCGUUCCACUUUCUCUAUUGUUCCACGUCCACGCUCCACAAUUAAAUUCGAAAAAUUUACGUGGAACUCUAAUAAAAAAAAAUUGUGAAGAGUAAAGGAAAAAAAUAAAUAUGAAUAUUUAAAUUAUUAAUUAUUGUAAUAUCUCUGAAAAAAAUUAGUAGUGGCAUGAUGAAGAAAUUUCAAGUCAGGCAUACAUAAAAAUACAUACAUUAAUACAUACAUACAUAGACAUUACAGCAAGAGAAAGGAAUAAGAAUUACGUUCUUUAUAAAAGAAUUAAUUGAGACUGUGCAAUAUGAUGAUAAAAAGUUGCUAAACUUUAUUAUGAUGAUGGAAUUUGAUUUGCUACAAAGGCUUUCCUUUUUAUCUUCUUGUUGCUACUAAUGAAAGUUCAAUAAGUUUAGUCUAAUAAUUGUAUUUUGUAAAGAAAAAGAUGUAUUUAUAGCUGGAUUAACUUAUUUCGAUGAGCUGUUUUUGGUGUAGUUUUUUUUUCACAGUAAAUUUUGCAGAUUUUAGGGAAAUAUUUAAAGUGUUCUGUAUUAAAAAUAUCCGAAAUUUCAUCUAAUAUGAAUCUGUCAACAAGAUUAAAUUACAAGUACAUCAAGCACUUCCUAAUUCAGCAAAAAUAGCACAUCAGUCAAAUGAGCACCAGGAAAUACAUUUGUAAAAUUGCUAUAAUAAACUCACAUUAUGCAUGACUAUUGCAUUAAAUAUUAUCUCAUGAAAAUUAAAUCAAUAAAAUGUAAUAAAAAUAUUGUUAUUGAAUUAAAGUUCAACAGCAUAAAGUAGUUUAGUUUCCUCGCUCCUGUCACUAGAAUGUGUCUACAUAAUUUAUAUUCUAUGUCAGAAAUGAAUUUCUCAUCUACUUUAAUCAUCAUCUAAAUCUAUGCAUUUACUUCUUUCUUUCAUCCAACCUUAACAAAGUAAACGAGG